GAUCUAUGAACGAAAACUUGCACAGAUCAAAAUACAUUUUAAACUAGUUCAAAAUGUCAGAACAAUACUUGUCAAUGAACCAUGUGAUGGGAAACAUGCCCUCGUUAUGACUAUGAUUAGAAAAUUCCUUGCUUCUUCCGGGGAGGUUUUACGAGUGAAAGGUAUUGGACAGACGUGGCAUGAAAAUGAUGGCUUUAAUAUAGAGUAGGAUAUCCCUCAAAUAUUUAUCUAGAAAUAACGCACAUAGCCGGAGGUUCUUUAAUGAAAAUACGACUGACGGCUCAUUACAUGGAUAUUCUCAAACAUAGUACGAGACAAGUUUUCGGAAUAUCGGUAUUAUCACAACUUCCAAACAAAAUGUAAGGCGCAUUCCUUCACAUUUUCUCAAUGAAAACCACUUAACUGAAAAUCAGCAACUUAAUGGAACAGAGUUCUUGCAUAAGAACAAUUCAAAACUGACCGAAUUGUUGAAUCAGAGUUUGUUGCGCAAUGAUAAAUCAUGUAAUUAAUUGUCUGUGGCAGCAUCUUCGGGAUUGUUCAUUGAUUGACGCAGAUGUGAUUUGACUGCAACUGCUACUCAAGGCUCGCCAUGUCUAUUGUGCAUUUUUGCAUUCCAAGUUGAAAUCGAACGGGCUUUGUGCCAUAUACUUUGCAUCAUUGCAAGUGCGCCGAUGGUGCACCGGAAGGUGCGCGAUAUUUAUAUAGCAGACAAAUUGGUACCCUAUAUACUAGUAUGAUUUGCCGUUAAUGACCAUCAUUCCCCGUCAGGUGUUUUUAAAUAGAGGUAUAAAGAAUUGCAAUCGUCUUCUGCAGAGUUGAUAAACAUGUCCAAUAAAUGUAGAAGGCAAUCAAAAACUGGUAUGAAUAACGCCAACUCGUUAAUUAGUGGGAGCUUAUUAGUUUCUACUACACCGGUAAGGGGUAAUUGGUCAUAAAAUCAGGAAAAUCUCCCGACAGACUGAAAAAUUCAGACAGAGAAAACACUUAACACGGUAUCAUAGUAACCCCUGUCCCACUUAUCUCUCACUAUGUGUGUCUGUUUGGCAAACCCUCCCAUCAUGCCCACAGUCGAUCCCCACAUCUUCUUUGGAAUUAUUCCAAUGUAAAACUUUUUUGGUCAGUUAUUUUGGAAAGAAAUCAGACAAUAUCUCCUGAAAUUUACGACUCUAUCAAAUAUAUGAAUUGCUGUGUGGCGCUCUAAAAGACAUUUGACGGUUUUCAUUCAUCACGUUUUGCAUGUUCAGAAAAUUCAUUUGAUCGGUCACACAGCAGACACCAUGUGUAUACCUUCAGUUGCCACAUAUAUCUUGCAAAGCAGAUUUGGUGCAGUUACACGGACUUCACUGAGAGUCUUGACCCCUUCGGACUCGAGAUAAUGCCUGACGUGCAUGCGUUUUCGCCUGCAUCCCAUGUCUCCAUGGGCGCCCUGGUGGUGAGGUUCUUAACCCGGAGGUUCAUCUGGGAGUAUGACCCCACGUUAGAAUGCACCUACAAGCAUGUCGCCACGCUGGAUGAGGAGUUGGUGAACAUGGAGAUUCUGGACACGGCAGGACAGGUUGAAGCGAUACAACGAGAAGGUCACAUACGAUGGGCGGAUGGAUUUAUUCUUGUGUAUUCAAUUAAUGACCGUCAUAGUUUCGAAGAAGUCAUUAAAUUGAAGGAUUACUUGGAUGAUGUCAAGAAAACAAAUGUUCAGUGUGUUUUAGUGGGUAAUAAAGUUGACUUAAUGCGUGAACGUGAUGUUAGUACGGCGGAAGGGAUGAAGCUUGCAACAGAAAUGGCAUGCGCUUUUUUUGAAACUUCCGUUUGUGACGGAAGUGACGAAAUCUAUGAACUAUUUUACGAAGUGGCGCGUGAGGUAAAAAGACGUAAAUUGAUAGAAAACAAAGUUCGUCGACGAAGUUCAGCGCAGCAAGUGAAACAAGUCUUUACAAAAAUGUUCAAUACGAACAAACAAACGAACAGACAGAGCUCAAUGUGAUAUUUGUAGCAAAACAAUUCCAGUUUGUAAAUAAAAUUAAUUACUACGUA